CGUUUUAGAGUCGUUGUCGCCCCCACACCCACACCCACACCUCUCUCUCUGCUCUAUCUAAUCCCUCCUCUUCUUCCCUUCCCUUCCCUUCCUCUGCACUCGAUCCUUGUUCUUCUUGUCGUUCUUUUUCUUAUAUUCAACUCCAAAUAAAACUUCAAGUACCGGAGAGCUGCUCUCUUUCCCUCUCACACACAUCUUUUCCAUUCCUAUUUUUCUAUAUAUAUCUUCCCACUCCUAUAAAAUAAACAAAAGCACUGGAGAUAGAGAAAAACAAACAGUAUUUUGAAUUUUCUGCAUAGUUUAGUAGCAGAAGUGGUGUUGUUCCUUCCUUAAAAUUAUUUUUUAGUAAAUCCAUUUUUAAUAAUAAUUUUUCCUUCCCCUUGUUUUCUGUUUUUCUUUUUGAUGUGUCCAUGGCUGGUUUGGAUUUAGGCUACGUUCACCAGCUCAACAGGCAAGAUCACUUGCACCAGCUCCAGAGACCCCAACAUCAACAACAAACCCAUGAUGAUACCGAAGACGACGUCAACCAGGGGCAGUACUCAGGCGAAGACCAAGGCCUCGACCUCAGCGGUGGCAUCAACACCGGCCCUGGAGACAUCGUUGGCCGCAGGCCCCGCGGCCGCCCUCCCGGAUCCAAAAACAAGCCCAAGCCGCCAGUCAUCAUAACAAGAGAGAGUGCAAACACCCUCCGAGCUCAUAUUCUCGAGGUCGGCAACGGCUGUGACGUCUUCGACUGCGUUGCCACUUACGCGCGGCGUCGCCAGCGCGGGAUCUGUAUUCUCAGCGGCAGCGGCACUGUCACUAAUGUCAGCUUGCGGCAGCCGGCAGCCGCAGGAGCCGUGGUUACCCUCCACGGAAGGUUUGAGAUACUUUCCCUUUCUGGAUCCUUUCUGCCUCCUCCGGCCCCGCCUGGUGCGACAAGUUUGACUAUAUUCUUAGCCGGCGGGCAGGGUCAGGUGGUCGGAGGCAGCGUAGUGGGGGAGUUGACCGCAGCCGGACCAGUCAUAGUGAUUGCCUCGUCCUUUACUAAUGUUGCUUACGAGAGGUUGCCCUUGGAGGAGGAUGAGCAGCUGCAGAUUCAGCCGCAGGCGGGAUCUCAAGGCUCCGGAGGAAGCGGUGGAGGUGGCGGAGUGGGAAACAACCCUUUUCCGGACCCAUCUUCGGGGCUCCCGUUCUUCAAUCUGCCGCUGAAUAUGCAAAAUGUUCAGUUACCAAUUGACGGGUGGGCUGGAAACAACAACAACUCUCCAGGAAGUCGUCCGCCAUUUUAGAUCAUCAUAUUGACUUGUUUAUUGGUUGAUUUAAUUGCACUAAUGGAUGAGAUGAGCUUUAUUGGAGACAAAACAAGGUCAGCAAACUUCGUGGACUACCACUCCUAGGUAUCAUCAUCAUUAUCUUCUACAUCUUCAUCAAAAUGGCCGUAUUUUAGAUCUUCUGCUAUCUAGUAAGAACUAUGUUAAUCAAUGUUGUAGCAGUUUCUUCUCCUAUUUUUCUUCUGUUGUUGUUUUCUUGUUGUUCAUGAUGGUGGAAACAGUUGAAGUACUACUACUACUCUUCUUACUUUUUCUUUAUGAGGAAUGUUUUGAGGAUUCAUCUUUAAAGAGCUCAGCAAUCAUUUUACUAUGGUCGGAAAGUGGGCAAAAUCCCUGAAAUUUAGGGUGUUAGAAACAGAUCCACCAUUUUAAUGUA